ACAAGUUGAUAAGCUCUGAAGGAAAACAAUGGUGAGGAAUAGAGGAACUGGUGGGACAGAGAAAGGGAAGAAAGAGAAGCUGACGUGGAUCAGUUAGUUACAAGUUAGUUAAGCCGUUGGGUCGUUACAAUGAGGUUGUUAGACCGUUGUGAUUGUUACUCUACUAUAAAUACUUGGGCUCACUUACGGUAUACUGUAGUGAGUGUAAUACAUACGUUUUAACAGAAAUAUACACUUCAUAAGUCAUUAAAGUUACUCAAGAGAUGAAAGUCUUCUAACGCAGUUAGUCUUCUUACUUUCUUCGUUACACUUCAAAUCUUAUCUCCACCAACUCCACUACUGACUUCUUCAAAGUCUUCUUGUAGAGACUACUUUAUUUAAUUGACCUCUCUUAAGAUGAAAAUAUUCCAAAGAGAAACAACAAAGAAAAUUUGGAACCAUUAUGGUGAUUCUACUCAACAGACGUUGUUUUCUUGUUCUUAUACUUCUUACAUCAUUCUCUUCCUUCUCUGUAAGGUUCUGUUUCGGCCAGGACAGGAUCACGCUCUCAACUCCAGUCAAAGACUCAGAGACACUUCUCUGCAGCAACGGUAUGUUCAGGUUCGGUUUCUUCACUCCUUUAAACUCCACUACACGGUUGCGUUACGUUGGGAUCUGGUACGAUAAGGUUCAAGUUCAAACUGUGGUUUGGGUUGCUAACAAGGACACACCCAUCAACGACACUUCUGGUCUUGUUUCAAUCUCUGAAGACGGAAACCUCGUGGUUACCGAUGGUCGAAGCCGCCUUAUAUGGUCGACAAACAUCACAGUACCAGUGGCUACAAAUGAUACUUCGGUUCAGCUAAUGGAUAAUGGGAAUCUUAGGUUACAAGACAACGGUGAGAUCCUGUGGGAGAGUUUCAAGCAUCCUUAUAACUCUUUCUUGCCAGUAAUGACUAUUGGGACCAACAACAAAACCGGCGAGAAUCUAAAGCUUACUUCAUGGAGAAGCUAUACAGAUCCUUCCACAGGGAACUAUACAGCUGGCAUUUCCCUUUCCACGUUUCCUCAGCUUCUUAUCUGGAAGAGCAAUGUCCCAGUCUGGCGUAGCGGACCGUGGAACGGUCAGAUUUUCAUCGGUUUACCGGAUUCGAUAUCUCUCCUGUUUCUUGAUGGGUUCAACGUUUCCAAUGCUAACCAAGGAACGUUUUUAAUCUCUUAUGCUACUGACUCUUUCAUGCAUCACUUUAACUUGGAUCCUGACGGAGCUCUCUACAUGAGAAGCUGGAACACUUCCACGAGAGCUUGGACGGUCGACGCCAUUAUUCCAUCAACAACUUGUGAUGCGUACAAUAGAUGUGGUCCGUUCGCGAGCUGCGGUUUACAGGAAGUUCCGCCUUGUAAAUGCGUGAAAGGGUAUGUGCCUAGGAAUAGCACAGAGUGGAACCGAGGGAUCUUUACUAAUGAAUGUGUGAGAAGAGUUCCAUUGAAGUGCAAUGUAAGUACUGGUGGUGGAGGAAAAGGAGAUAGGUUUUUUAAAAUGCAGAAGAUGAAAUUACCAGCAAAUGUGGAGAAGUCUGUAGCUAAUGAGAAGGAUUGUCCUAAAGUUUGUUUAGAUAACUGUUCUUGCACUGCUUAUGCUUAUGACCGAGGAAUUGGCUGCAUGCUUUGGAGUGGUAGCUUAGUUGAUAUGCAAUCACUUUUGGGGAGUGGUAUUGAUCUCUAUAUUCGGGUUUCGCAUUCCGAAUUCAAAACACAUAGUAAGCGAACGGUUAUGGUCACAGCAUCCGUGCUAGGCAUUGUUUUUGUUGCAGCCGUCUGUGUUCUUUUGGCAUGCAGGAAAUUUAAAAGGCGUCCAGCACCAGAGGAAAAUAGAAGUGCAGAGCUAUUGUUUCAAAGAAUGGAAGAUCUUACAAGUGGUAACGAGUCUGCUUCUAACCAAGUCAAGCUCAAAGAUCUUCCUCUUUUUGAGUUUGAAGUGUUGGCUACAUCAACCGAUAACUUCUCGCUCAUAAACAAGCUCGGGCAAGGCGGGUUUGGUCCUGUUUACAAGGGAAUAUUGCCAAAUGGGCAAGAAGUUGCAGUGAAGAGGCUCUCAAGGGCAUCAGGACAAGGACUUGAGGAACUAUUGAAUGAAGUGGUUGUGAUUUCAAAGUUGCAACAUAGGAAUCUAGUGAAGUUACUUGGAUGUUGCAUUGAAGGUGAAGAAAGGUUAUUAGUAUAUGAAUACAUGUCAAAGAAAAGCUUGGAUGCCUAUCUAUUUGACCCAAUGAAGCAAAAUAUUCUUGAUUGGAAGACUCGGUUCAACAUAAUGGAAGGGAUUUGCAGAGGUCUUUUGUACCUUCACAGAGAUUCAAGACUAAAGAUCAUACACAGAGAUCUAAAAGCCAGCAACAUUUUGUUAGAUGACGAUCUGAAUCCGAAGAUAUCUGAUUUUGGACUUGCAAGAGUUUUCCGAGCAAAUGAAGAUGAAGCUAACACAACAAGGGUUGUUGGGACAUACGGGUAUAUGUCACCGGAAUAUGCAAUGGAAGGUUUCUUUUCAGAAAAAUCAGAUGUUUUCAGCUUGGGAGUUAUAUUUCUAGAGAUCAUAAGUGGGAAAAAAAACUCCCACAAGGAAGACAACAAUCUAAACCUUUUAGCUUAUGCGUGGAAGCUAUGGAAUGAUGGUGAGGCUGCUUCUCUAGCAGAUCCAACCGUCUUUGAUGAAUGUUUUGAGAAAGAGUUUACAAAGUGUAUUCAGAUUGGUUUGUUGUGUGUGCAAGAAGUUGCAAGCGAUAGACCAAAUGUGUCAACCAUGAUUUGGAUGCUAACUACCGAGAACACUAACCUCCCUGAGCCGAAGCAGCCUGCAUUUAUAGCAACAAGAAGAGUUUUUGAGGCUGAAUCUUCUGGCCAGAGCAGCCAAAAGGUCUCUAUCAACGAUGUUAGCCUCACAGCUGUUACCGGACGUUAAGCUCACAUAAGCCAUUCUGUAUGUUUAUUUAAUAUAUUUAUAUGAAACUCCUAUGUUCCCAAAUUUUUGUUAUCUUGCGCAUGUUUAAUUGUUAGAUUAAAGAAUAAGAGAUGUAUUUCAGAGAAGUUAUGUUCAGAUUCACUAACUACAGAUUUGGUUUUUUAUUUACCUCAGUUAAAAACACUUUAUGUGAAAGGGAGCUGUGUCGAUUAUUUC